UCACGUGAGAAAACGCAGACUUGCUGCUGCUGCCAUCUGUCUCCAGCUGGUAGGGCUGAUAGUUUCAAGCAAAAACAUUAGCCUGUGAGUUUAGCAAGUAGAUUGCAGUGGCGAUCAUUGAGCAAAGUCGUGCCAUACAUAGUCAGCUGAACGCCUGGAAAAUAACCUCGGCCCAUCCACGUUCGCACGAUGCGACUUGUUAAAGCGUUAUAACUACGUGUUUACUCAUGUGCGCGUAGAAAUCACUCGUCGAAGUGGCAUUUAGAGGAGAAAAAAUUGCACACGUCGAGGAUACUGACCGAUGGCUGCGUCUCCGGAAUCAAACAUGGCAGAUUUUGAUGCGAUCUACGAGGAAGACGACGACGAGGACCGAGCGAACGAAGACUCGCUUGUCAGUCUCGUGCCAGAGCCCGUGGUCAUCAGAGGUGCGGGCAACAUGACCGUAUUUGGGCUGAGCAACAAGUUCGACACGGAGUUCCCGCCCACGCUAUCAGCCAAGGUGGCACCUGAAGAGUUCAAGGCGACCAUUAUGCGCAUAAACAGUGUGCUGCGCAAGACAUUGCCGGUGAACGUGAAGUGGCUCUUUUGUGGGUGUCUGUGUUGCUGCUGCACUCUUGGCUGUUCCCUGUGGCCUGUCGUCUGUCUCAGCAAAAGGACAAGACAUUCAAUAGAGAAAGUCUUGGAUUGGGAGAAUAGUCAUCUUUAUCACAAGCUUGGACUGCACUGGAAGCUUGGAAAACAGAGGUGCGACUCCAACAGCAUGAUGGAAUAUGUGCUUCUCAUUGAGUUUAUCCCAAAGCUGGCCAUUCAUCGGCCGGACUAAAAGCCGUCCACUGUCACCACCAUCGCAUCCGAACCAAGGUUGGACAAAAAGGGCAGCAUCACAGAGGGAGUGCAUCUGCAGUGAAUCUCAAAAGAAAA